AUGCAACUUGUGAGAAAUUCAGAAUGGCAAAACAGAACAGGCAUCACAGAGUUCCUCCUCCUAGGAUUUGGAAAUGUUGAAAACUUGAAUAUGCUCCUCUUCUUGUUAUUUCUAGUCAUCUAUAUUGUGACUCUGUCUGGAAAUUUCCUCAUUGUUGCACUUGUCAUGGCUGAGCAGCACCUUCACAUACCCAUGUACUUCUUUCUGUCAAACCUAUCCUUCUUGGAGAUCUGCUACACCUCAACUGUAUUUCCCAGAAUGUUGGCCAGUUUUCUUACGGGAGAUAAGACCAUUUCUCUUUGGGGCUGCAUCUUGCAGAUGCAUUUCUUUUCCACUUUGGCAGCUACGGAAUGUUAUCUCUUGGCAGUGAUGUCAUAUGAUCGCUACCUUGCCAUAUGUAGACCGUUGCAUUAUGUCACAUUGAUGAACAACAGAACAUGUAUCUUGCUGGUUUCAGUAUCAUGGUUGAUUGGGUUGUUGCUUAUAACCACCUUAACAAGCCUGUUAACACAGCUCACAUUCUGCAACCGAUAUCAAAUUGAUCAUUUCUUUUGUGAUUUCACACCACUAGUAAGGCUCUCUUGCAGUGAGACCUGGGUUAUUGAAACUGCAGCUUUUAUAACCUCAUCCAUAGGAAUUCUGCCUACGUUUCUUGUAACUUUAACAUCUUACAUUUUUAUCAUCAGCACAAUCCUGAAAAUCCCAUCCAUGACUGGGAGGCAAAAAGCUUUUUCCACCUGUUCUUCUCAUCUCACUGUAGUUUCUAUUUUCUAUGGAUCCUUAAUUUUUGUCUAUGUCUUACCAACAACUGGUAAAUUCAAAUAUCUAAAUAAGAUCUUCUCUUUCUUGUACACAAUCCUAACUCCAAUGGCCAAUCCCUUCAUAUAUAGUCUAAGGAACAAAGAUGUAAAAGAAAUCCUUAAAAAAAUCAAAUUUGGGUUUUUUUCUGCUAUUCAUUGA